AUGGAGGAGAGACAAUUGUUGUUUGAGAAGUAUGAAAUUGGGACAUUAUUAGGCAAAGGAACUUUUGCGAAAGUGUACUAUGGUAAGGAACUCGAAACAGGGGAAAGUGUAGCCAUUAAAGUGAUAAAAAAAGAUCAAGUUCAGAAAGAAGGAAUGAUGGAGCAAAUCACAAGAGAAAUCUCUGUGAUGGGCCUUGUCCGUCAUCCGAAUAUUGUUGAACUCAAAGAAGUCAUGGCUACAAAGUCUAAAAUCUUCUUUAUAAUGGAGUAUGUUAAAGGGGGUGAGCUUUUCGCGAAAUUAGUAUCCAAAGGCAAAUUUAAAGAAGAUACAGCAAGAAAGUACUUUCAACAAUUGAUAAGUGCUGUUGAUUACUGUCAUAGUCGAGGUGUUUAUCAUCGCGAUUUGAAGCCUGAGAACCUACUCCUUGAUGAGAAUGAGGACUUGAAGAUAUCUGAUUUUGGGUUAUCGGCUUUGCCUGAUGAGCAGUUGAGUAGAAAUGAUGGUUUGCUUCAUACACAGUGUGGGACACCAGCAUAUGUUGCUCCUGAGGUUUUAAGGAGGAAAGGUUAUGAUGGUGCAAAAGCUGAUAUUUGGUCAUGUGGGGUUAUUUUGUAUGUGCUUCUAGCUGGUUACCUACCAUUUCAAGAUGAGAAUGUGAUGAACAUGUACAAGAAGAUUUUCAAGGCGUAUUUUGAGUUCCCUCCUUGGUUUUCAAUGGAUUCGAGGCGUUUGAUAUCUAAACUUUUAAUGGCUGAUCCGGACAGGAGGAUCACUAUUCAAGGUAUCAUGAGGGUUCCGUGGUUUAGAAAGGAUUUCGCGAUGCCACGGGCUUUUUCAAUCCAAGAUUUUCAAAAGUUAGAAAAGGAGCGAGAAAAUGAUCAUGUUGAAGAAGGAAUGAGCAGCAAACAAGGAGGGAUGAUUAGGAAAUCCCCUUCAUCCCCUGCAUUUUUCAAUGCAUUCGAGUUGAUUUCAUCGAUGUCUUCUGGUUUCGACUUGUCUAGCUUGUUUGAGAUCAAAGGGAAGGCAUCAUCCAUGUUCACUUCAAGGAGCACUGCCCGGGAUGUCAUCCGUAAAAUGGAGAAAAUGGCUAAAGUUAUGAGGUAUAAGGUUUAUAGGGUAAAACCAUUCAAGUUGAAGAUGCAAUGCCCGGAGGAAGGACGAAAAGGGCGGUUGUUGGUCACCGCUGAGGUGUUUAAGGUGGCCCCGGAAGUCACCGUGGUCGAGCUCUCUAAGUCCUCCGGUGACACGUUGGAGUAUAACAAGUUUUGUGAAGAGGAAGUUAGGCCUGCAUUGAAGGACAUUGUUUGGACAUGGCAAGGGACAGGUACUGGAAAUGCUGAUAUUGAUAACAAAAAGGACUUGGAGCAAUAAAAUUUGGUAUAUGUGCAUCUUUCUCCCUCUUCUUUUGUGUUUGUGUUU